AGGACAGUAAACAAAACCAAAUACCAAUGUUUCUUUCGCAAUGACCAACGAGGUCAGAAAUGUCAUAAAAUUGAAAAUGAUGCAAAUGUCACAAUUGUUGACGUAAUUCCAGAAUGACAAUGACAUUGUCCGUUAGAUUAAUUUCUUGAUGUUAAUUUAUAAAAAUUAACAAUUAACAAUUAAUUUAAAGAAAAGUGUAAAUAGUAAGUUAUAAGUAUGUUCAAUUUAGGUGGGAAAUUUGGAAAGUGAGCAGUUGUCAUUAAUGAAAGGAGGACAAAAGAGAAAGUUUUUUUUUCUAAAAGUCCAGAAUUCUUUUGUAGUGUUAAUAAAUUUAGUAGAAGCAGUCAUAUUGAAGAGGUUUUUUUUUUUUCUUUAAAAAAACGAAUUAAGUUUCUCUCUCUAAAAAUGUUUGCAAACAAUUCACUUAUAAUUUUAAGAAAUCCUCGUAUAUCUUAUUUUCUGCUGAGUAAGUGUCAAGCAGCAUAUAAUAAUAAUCCUAAAAAACAAUUGGAACGAAUGAAACAACCGGAAAUUGGUUUAAUAAAAGCAUUUAGUACUAAGGCAGCAACUAGUCAAAAACCAGAUUGGAAUAGAGCUGUUUCUGAAGCAGAGAAAAUUGUUGGUUAUCCUACUUCUUUUAUGAGUUUACGUUGGCUUCUCAGCGAUGAAAUUGCUAAUGUUGCUCUUCAUUUACGAAAACUUGUUGGUUCAAAUCAUCCACUUCUUAAGACUGCUAAAAGUUUAAUUUAUAAUGGACGUAAUAUGCAAGCAUGGGGACUAAUUGUUCUUUUAAUAUCAAAAGCUGCUGGUCAUCUUAAUGUAGAUGAUAUGGAAGAGGAUAAGGCAGCAGGUGUUUUACAUAGUCAACGUGCUUUAGCUGAAGUUACGGAAAUGGUACGUACUAGUCAUUUGGUCCACAAAGGACUAGUAAAUAUUCAACCUGGCGUUUAUCCUGAAACUGCCGAAAUGAAUGAUAUGACAUUUGGAAAUAAAAUUGCUCUAUUAAGUGGAGAUUAUUUAUUAGGUAAUAGUUGUGCGGAACUUGCAGCGUUAAAAAAUCAAGACUUAGUAGAACUUAUAGCAAGUGCAAUACGCGAUUUAUCUGAAGCCGAAUUUGUUGGCCGUCGAGACAGUCAAAAUCAUCCUUUACCCUCCAUUCCUUCUGCAAAUGAAACAAAUUAUGCUGUAAAUGAAUGGACGCUGCGAAAUGUUUUAAGCGCAGGUUCUCUUUUAGGAAAAGCAUGUCAAGGAACUUUACAAUUGGCAGGACAUGACGUGGAAAUGCAACGCCAGGGAUAUAAAUUUGGAAAACAUUUAGCUCUCGCUUGGCAAGCUUGUUUAGAUUUAGGUCCAUUCAUCAGUAAGGAUCCAACUCUUCCUUUCAGUUUAUGUUGUGCUCCAGUGAUGUUUCACAUUGAACACGAUCAAUCUAUUCUCGACGAAAUAAAUAAAGGCCUUGAUUCUGUACAAAAUGUAGAUUAUAUGAAGGUAUAUGAUAUGGUGAUUAAGGGACCCGGUGUAGAAUUAACAAAACAGUUACAAAAAGAACAUUCACUUAGAGCAAUGGAAGUUCUUAAUGUUUUUCAAGAAAGCGAUGCCAGGACAGCUUUAUCAAACAUUAUUGCUGCUAUGAGAGACUUUUGAUAAAAAAAAAAAUUUAUUUAUACUGUAGAACCAUUUUUAAAGGCAGAGGAUUUAGUUAGUUUGACUUUCCAAGAAUUUUUAUUUUCUUAGUUUUUUUUUU